AUGGUCGGAGAAUGGUUAGCCAACCACCAAGGUUUCGCCAUUCGGCAGUUCUGCGCCGCUGCACGGGUGGAACUGCCGGAGGAGGAAGGAUGGUCCGAUGAGAUGUGGCCGGAAGUGUUCGACGAAAUGCCUCAACUGUCUUCCGACGAGGUCGAGGAGAUUUUCGAUGAAUUCUUCGACGUGGAUUGCUACGAGAAGGACAAUGCAGAUAAAUGGCGCGGCGAUGAAGUCCGAGAGGUAGAAGAUGCAUCGACGAUGGACGUCGAAUGUCACGGUGACGACGAUGAUAAUGCAAUUAACAUCGCCGUCACCGGGGUUGAUCGAGGUCUACAUUUGGUCCAUUUACUAUUGGCUUGCGCGGAGGCCGUGGGAUGUCGAGAUGCUUGGCUAGCCGAGACGAUACUCGCCCAAAUCUGGCCUCGAGUCAGCCCUUCGGGCGACUCGUUGCAACGCGUGGCGCAUUGUUUCGCGUCGGGGCUGAAGUCGAGAUUAGCCCUCUUGCAAAAUGCGAAUAGGGGCGACGUCGACAUCACCGCCGCUUCAUUGGUCAGUCGGGAGGAAAAAUUCGAGGCCUUCGCAUUGCUGCACGGUACGACCCCUUAUAUCGCCUUCGGUCACUUGGCUGCAAACGACGCGGUACGACGAGCCGCAACGGGAAAAGAGUCGAUCCACAUUGUGGAUCUUGGAAUGGAGCAUACACUCCAAUGGAGUUCAUUGGUGAGGGGUUUGGCUUCCAAACCCGGCGCGCACCCGAGAGAAAUCCGAAUCACGGGUGUCGUCGGGGAACGAGAUCCAUCAGAGCUCGAGAGUAGCGUAAGGGAGCUACUCAAGGAAGCUACGUCUACCGGGAUCUACAUCGAAUUUAACAUGAUACCAGAGCAGGUUUCUCCGUUAUCCUUGUCGCCGGAGAAGCUCGACCUGAGAGAAGGCGAGGCACUAUUCGUCAACAGCAUAAAUCAUCUACACAAGCAUGUUAAAGAAAGUCGAGGCUCAUUGAAAACCAUUCUCCAAUCGAUAAAGAACCUGAGCCCGUCCCUCCUCGUCGUGGUCGAGCAAGACGCCAACCACAACGGCCCGUUCUUCCUCGGCCGGUUCCUCGAGUCCCUCCACUACUACUCCGCCGUAUUCGACUCCCUCGACGCCAGCCUCCCGCAGGACAGCCCGGAAAGAGCCAAGAUAGAGAAGCUACACUUUGCUGAAGAGAUCCGCAAUGUGGUGGCGUACGAGGGCGCGGAGAGAGUGGAGAGGCACGAGAGGGCGGAUCAGUGGCGGAGGCAGCUGGGCCGGGCCGGGUUUCAGGCGGUGGGAUUGACGUGCGCCGAGGAAGCUAGAGAAAUGGUGUGUGAAUAUGGGUGUGAUGGAUACACUGUUAGGAGUGAGAAAGGAUGCCUUCAGCUUGGCUGGAAAGGAAGACCUAUAAUGUUGGCUUCAGCUUGGCAACUGAACAAUGUUAGUAUGCCUUCUUGA